CACAGGUAGCGGAUUGCUUGGAUUGUAGGUAAUAUUUGUGCAUUAUUGAUAGAAUGAAAGGAGAAUAAAGCUUGGCAAGAGAGCUUCGUCAUUCUGCCAAAGCCAUUGAGUGUGAACCCAAGUGAUCCUUUGACUUAAAGGUCUUGUUGACACAAUCUCUUAAAAUGAAGUACUUUCUGUUGAUGUGCCUUGUCUUCGGACUGUCGGCUUUUAUGGUCAAGGCCGAGGAGGAAGCUAAGCCCGAGGCUGAAGCCGAGGAGAAGGACACUGGUGACUUUGAUGAUGAUGUUGCUGAUGAUGCCAGCGAUGGAGAGGACAGCAGCGAGGGUGAUGAUGACGAUGAGCCAGAGUCAGGAGAUGGUGAUGUUGGUGAUGAUGAGGAGGAGGAUGAUGACGAUGAUGAUGAUUCCGAGGACUCUGAUGACGGUGAGACCAAGGAUGAGAGUCCUAAGGGAGAGAAAGACGAUGAUGACGACAAGGAGGAGAAGAAGGAAGACGAGAAGAAGGAAGACGAGAAGAAGGAAGACGAGAAGAAGGAGGAAGAGGACAAGCCCGCCCCCAAGGCUGAGGAGAAGCCCGCUGAGAAGGCCGAGGAGAAGAAGGAAUAAGUCAGUCGUUUCCGUGCGGUAGAAAUUUAAGAAGAAAAGCAACAGAAUGCCAUUUCUAUUUUUUUUUUUUUGCUUUCUUUCGGAUUUUGAUUUUUGUUUCUUUUAAAGAAACACCGUCUUUUAAAGUCGUUUUCUACAAUGUAGGAAGAAUGUUCCGCGUAUAUUGGUGUCCUUGUUUGUAUCAUAUCCCGGUUGUUUACAUGUGACUCUUUCCCUCUUGUAAUUUCAAAAGUGUGCGUAAUAAAGACGAACAAACAAACAAAAAA